UCCACCAUUUGAGACAUGGCGGCUCCGCUGGGAGGUAUGUUCUCCGGGCAGCCGCCUGGACAUCCCGGGGACUCUAGGGGCCAGGCUUCGCUUCUUCAGGCCGCGCCAGGCCCUCCGAGAACUUCUAACAGUACGUUGGUGGACGAGUUGGAGUCCUCUUUUGAGGCUUGCUUUGCUUCUCUUGUAAGUCAGGACUAUGUCAAUGGCACGGAUCAGGAAGAAAUUAGAACUGGUGUUGAUCAGUGUAUCCAGAAAUUUCUGGAUAUUGCGAGACAGACAGAAUGUUUCUUCCUACAAAAAAGAAUGCAGUUAUCUGUCCAGAAACCAGAGCAAGUUAUCAAAGAGGAUGUCUCAGAACUAAGGAAUGAACUACAGCGGAAAGAUGCUCUGGUCCAGAAGCACUUGACAAAACUGAGGCACUGGCAGCAAGUGCUGGAAGACAUCAACGUGCAGCACAAAAAGCCCACCGACAUCCCUCAGGGCUCCUUGGCCUACCUGGAGCAGGCAUCCGCGAACAUCCCUGCACCCAUGAAGCAAAGCUGAGUCCAGGCGGGCCUGAAGGGGAGCCGGGGUGUGAGUCAGCUGAGACCCAGCUGUGACGAGCAUCCCUUCCUGUGGAAGUGACAUUUUGGAAGAACUCUUUGCCAAAGAAUGAGAUGAUUUUUGUUUGAUGGUCUCACCUAAAAUUUCCCCCUAUUUUUAUAAAUGUUUUUUCUUGAGUACUUUAUAAAAUGGCUUUGGUA